ACUUGAUUGAACAUAAAAUGACAUUUUGGGGACCAUGUGAGAGUUCUGUGUGUGGGGAUUUCGACUUCAGCUUUUGCGAGAGUGGAACAAAACGAAAAUUUUAGGAAUUUAUUUUAGAAUGUUUAGAAGAUUACUUUAACGUUGUUUGCCUAUGUAUGAGUUACAUGCUUUAUAUUACGAUACAUGUCUCCAUUUGUCAUCCAUUCUAUAGUGAUAAUGUGAGAUCUCUCCUAUUCAACAUUUAUAUUGGAUUCUGAAGACCCUUAAAAACAUGGAGAGUAGUAACAAUGCAGCACAAGGAGAAGCAAAAACUGCGGCAGCCAUUACUGCGAGCCCAUUAAAGACACCGCCUCGACGCGUUCAGGUGGUUACUGUAGGUAGUCCCGGAACGCCACAAGUGCAAUCAGUCUUGACAUCUCCAGGAGGCCAACAGAAGGCAACAGUUGUCCAAGUACCACAGCAACAACAAUUGAUUCGAAUACAGCCCCAGCAGCAGGGCAGGCAACAAGUCCUGCAGCAAAAUCUGGUCCGCGUGUCUCCACUUAAUACCCAACAAGCUGUCCAGCAUGGCUCACAACAGGGACAAACCAUCAUGGUCAUAACGGGAAGUCCGCAACGGCUUCAAACACAAAAGCCGGCAAGUUCGACCAGUGCCGACGUUAAAUCAGUACAAGAGCAUGGCUAUGCCAUAUCAGCGCCACUGAGCCAUCACGAUUAUGCUCUGCCCAAAUCAGGUGGGGAGAAAUCACCACAGGUAUCGUUACAGUCCACCGGAGCUGGUUUUCAGCUGAUUCGUCAGCCUGUAUCAUCCCAGGCUACACAGCCUGCUGCUGUUAUCUCCCAGCAGCAACAGCAACCAGGAGUCAUGCAGAUUAUCAGAACUUCCCAGCCACAAACACAGCAAAUCCGACCCCUCACUGCAACGCUACAAGGGGGUCAACUGGUCCUCAAUCAGCAGCAAUCUGUACAAGCAAUCCAAUCAGGUCAACCUGUCACUCUACGCCUGCAAAUGAAAGACAUCAACUCUCUACAGAAGAAUGUCAGCAGGUUGCAGCAACUUCCGACUAAGGUUGCCACCGUAUCGCACCAAACUUCACCGAAGCAGCAACAAAGCACCGUGUUGACAUCACAGCCCCAAUACAUCAUUACCAAUGUUAAUAACAGCACCCAGAUACCUGGUAUCGUCGGUGCCCAACAGAUUAAAAUUGUACCGUCUGUACAACAAAAUCAGCAGCAGCAGCAGCAGCAGCAUAUUGUGAAACAAUUGCCAGGAGGAGGAAUGGCUUUGACUAUACUUGCCAACCAAGUGGUGAGCACGGGGGCUAAGACAAUCACGAUACCAAGCAGUCUGGGUGCAGCCAAUACUGUAGCUUUCACACAGUCCAUACUGACUGUCAGUAGUCCUACAGCAUCAAAGACCCUAAUGACCUCUACAACCAGUAACAACACGCGACCGAUCGCUCCAACAGGAUUGAUCACAAAGACUAUCACCAUCCCAGCUGGCCAGCAGGUGAUUCGAACAGGUGUUCCAAAUCAAUCUAUCGGAUUGUCAGUGUUACCGCAGACGUCAAUGGGAGCAACCACAAAUAAAGUGACUAUUCCCACGAAACUUCAAACUAUUCGUGCCAUAAACCCUAUCCAGCCUAAGACCAUCCAAACAAACCUUCAGACAGUGCGUGCAAUAGCUCCAACAGGGUCCACUGCCCAGGCGGUCAUUGGCGGUACAACUUUGCAAAGCAUCAAUGCGGUUCUGUCCGGCCAGUCAGGCCCUAAAACAAUAGGUCUUUCCUCUCCCCAGCAACAGACCGUCUGUAGUAUUAUUCCUGCACAGUCCCAAACUGCAACCAUUACGCCGACUGUAGCCGCAUCGACCGUUGGUUCUGGUAACCUGGCUACCCUGAAAUCAACCGUCGUUCCAAGUACAGUUAAAACUGUCCCAGCAUCAACUCAAUCCUACACUGUUACCAACAUGGGCAAUAUAACCAUUCAGAGUGCCAACACCGCAACCACCAAAACGGAAGUCACUGCUUCGGCGGCACUUCAGAAAGCUGCAGCAAGUGUCGCUGUAUCCCAGAACCAAACGGUGACAAUCAGUAAAGCCAACACAAAGAAGAUGCCUAAUAUCAUACGAAGCCAAACGCCCAAUACUGUCGUGAAAGUCAAACAGGCCAAGGCUAAGCCGGUCGUACAGCAGCAGACGAUCAAGACAACCACCACCAAGCCGAUUCAGAUACCGGGCGGACCUGUUGGCCAGCAGCCGGGUCAGAUCCUGAUCAUGGUGAACCCCAGGAGCGGAGCUCUCGAAGAGGUCAAAAAGAUCGCCUAUGAAGUGAGUCAGCUGAAGAAUCAACCUAGGUCCUCGGAGAACAUACAGAAGUUGAAGGACCUCCAGGCCCGUGUCUCCCAGCUUCAGACAUCAGUACAAAGUGUCAAAGCAAAGAACAGUACAACAGGUUCACCACUAACACCCCUCAUGCUGUCCACCUCGAGCGCGCAAUCAAGUGGAACUCAGAAGAGUCCUACUUCAUCUUCAGACACCAGCAGCGGAGAAGCUACAACGCACAGCGGCAAAUCGAGCAAGAAGCACAAACCCCAAGAGAAAGCCAACCGUAUCGUCGCCGAGGCCGUCGCCAAAGCGAAAGCCUCGGGGCUUCAGAACAUUCCGAAAAUCAUGGCCGAUGUUUCCCUCCCCGAGGUGAACCUCGAGAAGGAGAAGAAGUCCAAAGAGAAACGGAAAGCCAAACCCAAGGAACCCAAACCUAGGAAACCGUCCAAGGAACCCAAGGAGAAGAAAGAGGUGAAAGUCAAGAUUGCUAAGAAGAAAUCCCGGCCAAAGAAGAUACCACCAAAGAAAUUUCCUGCAUCUGCUUUAGUGAGAUUGAAGAACAAACGUAAGGGCAUGAACGACUCUUCUUCCUCGGGCUCCGAAGCAGAGGAUGCCCUUCUAGCCAAGGCAUUGCCAGACGAUGACUUCCUUCUCGAGAAACGAAGAUCAAGCCGCAACACCAAACGGAAACGUUACGAUGUAGCAUACGACUUUAACAUCUCAGGGGGAGACAGUAGCGACAGUGACAAGAAGGAAUCGGACAGUAAUGUUGAUGUUGAGGUUGAUGUUGUCACAGUAGCUCCAUUGGCACCCAGUCAGACCGAAGCCGCUAAAUUCUUUGUGGAAAAUCCAGACGAGUCCGAGGCUAACGUUGUGGAAAAGAUCUUGGCCUCCCAUGUGGUCAAGAAGCCCCAGCUGCCAGGGGAAGCUCAGGUCGGAGAGACUGAAGAGUUCUUUGUCAAGUACAAAAACUUCUCAUACCUCCACUGUGAAUGGGCUACGUUUGACAAGCUUCAGAAGGGAGAUCAGCGCAUUCAUCAGAAAAUCAAAAGAUUUCGUGCCAAGCAACGAAUGCAACCAGCUUAUUUUGCCGAGCUCGAAGACGAACCCUUCAACCCCGACUACGUCCAAGUGGAUCGAAUCCUGGACGUUGCCGUUACCGAAGACCCUGACACUAAGGAGGUAGACACCCACUACCUGGUCAAGUGGAGAAGCCUCCCCUACGAGGAUAGCACCUGGGAGUUGGAGCAAGACGUCGACGACGACAGCAUUGCUUUCUUCAAGAAGAUGCUGGAUCCGCCUCCUCACAGCGAACGCAAGAGGGUUGAUCGAGCGGAGUGUGACGACUGGACGAAGCGUGAUGAAUCUCCAGUUUAUAAAGGAGACAACACACUGAGGGAGUAUCAACUAGAGGGAGUCAACUGGCUCAUGUUCAGCUGGUGUAAUCGUCAAAAUUGUAUCCUAGCUGAUGAAAUGGGCCUGGGCAAGACCAUUCAGGCAUUAGCGUUCGUCAGAGAGGUGCAAAAAUUUGGCAUAGUGGGCCCUUUCCUGGUCAUCGCACCGCUGUCUACCAUAGCCAAUUGGCAGCGUGAGUUUGAGACAUGGACUGAUAUCAACGCUAUAGUGUACCACGGCAGCGCACAGAGUAGACACAUGAUCGCUGAGUAUGAGAUGUAUUAUAAAGACAGUAAGGGACGUCGAAUCCCCAAUGUGUAUCGCUUCAAAGUGUUGAUCACCACGUACGAGAUAGUCCUAGCCGACUGCCAAGAGUUGAGUGAGAUUGAGUGGCGAUUGUCCAUCAUUGACGAAGCUCAUCGACUCAAGAACAGAAACUGCAAACUACUGGAAGGGCUCCGCUGUUUCGAUGUGGAGCACAGGGUUUUACUGACUGGUACCCCGCUGCAGAACAACAUCGACGAGCUGUUUAGUUUACUCAACUUCCUGGAACCGGGGAGAUUCCGUUCCAUCAGUCAAUUCUUGGGUGACUUCGGUGACUUGAAGACUGAGAGUCAAGUUGAAAAACUGCAGCAGCUUUUGAAGCCGAUGAUGCUGCGUCGACUGAAGGAGGAUGUGGAGAAGAACCUAGCUGAGAAGGAAGAAACCAUUAUUGAGGUAGAACUGACUAACAUACAGAAGAAGUACUACCGAGCAAUCCUGGAGCGUAACUUCAGUUUCUUGAGCAAGGGUACCAACUCCUCGGCCAACCUACCUAACCUGAUGAACACCAUGAUGGAACUACGCAAGUGCUGUAAUCAUCCCUUCCUCAUCAACGGCGCCGAAGAGCAAAUCAUGGUGGAGAUUGCCACCCAGCCCAUCAACCUGGAGCUGACAAUGCACAUGAGGGCGCUGAUUCAAUCCGCUGGUAAGAUGGUGCUCCUUAACAAGCUGCUGCCAAGACUGAAAGAAGGUGGUCACAAGGUCCUCAUCUUCAGUCAGAUGAUUCGUUGCUUGGACAUCUUGGAGGACUACUUGGUGCAGAGGAGAUACCCCUUUGAGAGGAUUGAUGGAAGGGUACGAGGCAACAUGAGACAAGCUGCCAUCGACAGAUUCAGCAAACCAGAUUCUGAUCGAUUUGUCUUUCUACUGUGUACCCGAGCUGGAGGGCUUGGAAUCAAUCUAACAGCGGCAGAUACCUGUAUCAUCUUUGACUCUGACUGGAAUCCUCAGAACGAUCUUCAAGCCCAAGCCCGUUGCCAUAGAAUCGGGCAAACCAAGUCCGUGAAGAUCUACCGCCUGAUAACACGUAACUCCUACGAGCGUGAGAUGUUUGACAAGGCCAGCAUGAAACUUGGCCUGGACAAGGCUGUGCUGCAAUCCAUGCGUGGUGAUAACCAGUCCGCUUCUACUACUACACCGCAACAGCAACCCUUAUCCAAGAAGGAGAUCGAGGACCUCCUACGCAAAGGAGCGUACGGCGCCAUCAUGGAUGACGACGACGCCGCCUCCAAGUUCUGCGAAGAGGACAUCGAGAUGAUCCUUCAACGACGGACAAAGGUCAUGAAGAUAGAGGGCGGGGUCAAGGGGUCACUGUUUGCUAAGGCCAGCUUUGCCCUGGCGGCUGAUCAGAGGUCAGAUAUUAAACUAGACGACCCAGAUUUCUGGGACAAGUGGGCUAAGAAGGCAGAGCUGGAUGUGGAGGCCAUGAAGAAAAGGGAAAGUCAUGUGAUCAACGAGCCCAGAAAACGUAAACAAACCCGUCGCUUUGGCAACCUGGACGAGAUGGUAGAGUUCACCAGCAACGACGAGGACAGCGACGAGGACCAACCGGCCCUGCCCAAGAAGGCGGAGCAGAAGGGCCACAAGGCUUCUUCUUCGGCAGCGGCUACCGCUGGGGCGCCCGCUGUGGCCAUGAAGAUGGUAAAGCCUUGCAAGAGCCAGCUGCAGUCUGGCUGGACCAGGCUGGAGUGUUUCCGUGUGGAGAAGGGUCUGCUUACAUACGGGUGGGGUAGAUGGGAAGAUGUCCUGAUGACGACUCGAUUCAAGAGACCUCUGGGUGAGAAAGACGUAGAGGCCAUCUCAAGAACAAUGCUGAUCUUCUGUCUGAAGUUCUACAAGGGAGAUGAGAACAUCAAGAGCUUCAUCUGGGACCUGGUCACUCCGGCCCCGGACGGCUCUAUCAAAGACUACAGAAACCACAAAGGUCUGUCUGCUCCGGUGCCUCGUGGCCGCAAGUCCAAGAAGCCCAAGAAAGAGGAAGAUGUUGUUCCUGCUAUCUUGGAGUAUGACUUCAACGCCAGGGAUCAGGAUCCCGAGACGCUGCUCACGGACCAAGGGUACAAGAACCACCUCAAGAGACACUGUAACAAGGUGCUGCUGCGUGUGAGACUAUUGUACUACUUGAAGCAAGAGGUCAUAGGUGACAUGAUGGAGAGAAUAGCGGAUGGUUGUGAGGCAAGUGAGUUACCGUUGUCGAUGGUGUUACCCGAGGGUGAACCUCCGAUCGGUUGGUGGGAUGAAGAUGCGGAUCGAUCCCUCCUAGUAGGGGUCUUCAAACAUGGUUAUGAGAGAUAUGCAGCCAUGCGGACAGAUUCAACCCUUUGCUUCCUGGGUAGAUGUGGAGCCCCUACUAAAAGAGAGAUAGCUCGGGAGAAUGGAGACAAUGACGACAGUCAACUGGAUGUAGAAUCGAUGGAGACUGAGCUGAAGGGGGAGGGUGCUGAUCUAGACAUGAAACCCAACAUUAGAGAUCUCAAGGACUACCUGGAGGAAGGGUCUUUGUCACCUUCUAGUAUCCGGACCUCUUCACCUGCUCCUAUGAAACUCAAGUCGGAGCCGGAACCAACAACCAUGCCUGUUAUACCCGGUAAGCUGCCGUUCCCACUGGCGCCUGAUGUGAACACCCGACUCAGGCGACUUGUAGCGGCAUAUCAGCGGAACCAUAAAAGACAACAGCAGAAGCAAGCCAAGAGAGCACGGCGUGAGAUGGUGAAGCAAGUCAGAUUUGAAGAGCAGUUGAGACAAAGACAACUUAAGAAACAAGAGAAUGCACAGAAAUGGUCGCGGCGCGAGGAAGCCGAUUUCUAUCGCGUCCUGGCCACAUUCGGUGUGGAACAGGACGCGAUGACAGGUAAAUACGACUGGUCCAACUUCCGCAAGGUGGCCAAGUUGGAACGGAAGUACGACCAUCGGCUGCUAGAGUACUAUCAACACUUCAGAGCGAUGUGUCUCAGGAAAUGCAAGAGAGAAGAAGAGAUACCUCAGGAGUUUGGCUCGAUGCCCCUUCCAGACUUCACCAUCGAAGAGAUCUCGGAGGAGCGGGCCAACAAGGUACUUCACCGCAUCGACCUCCUCCUUAAGGUGCGCAAUGAAGCCUGCCCUCAUCCAGAGAUGGAGAUACGCAUGCGCCACUGCAGGAAGAGCCUGGAGCUACCCGAUUGGUGGGAGGUCGGAGUUCAUGACCGGGAUCUGCUCAUUGGUGUCGCCAGAUAUGGAAUCAAUCGCAUGGAGUCACAGCAGCAGAUGCUGGUCGACCCCGAUCUGUCUUUCAAGGAUCUCAAGGAGAAGUACCCACUCAUGGUACCCGUACCCGUCCCCCUCCCUCCACCCGUAAAGGUCCCCUCGGGAGGCCCUGGCCUACCCUCUUCCCAAGAAGGGGACAGAACUAAGAGCACGACUCCUCGCCCAGAGGAUGAUGAGUUAAGAACUAGUGAAGAGAGGAGGGAGGAUGUGAACGAUAGGGAGAGCGUCUCCAGUUCACCGGGAAAAUCUGGAGGAAACCGUGAGGGUGCGGGGGACUCUGGAAAGCAGAUGGAGUCUGAUGAAUCGGGGAUCGAGGAUAGCGCAAAUGAAUAUUUAUCUCAGGAAAGGAGCUUCAAGGAGAGUCCGUCGAUGACGAUGGGCGACUCGCAAGACGUUUCAAUGGCUCAGGAUGAAAACGAGUGUCAGGAUACUGGAGACUGCAGUACUAUGUUAGAUCAGGAAGACGAACCAGACCGUGAAACAGUAGAGGAACCAGACUGUGGGCAGGCUGUGUCAAGCAGUGUGAAAGAGAAACCAGACUAUGCCGAAGACGAGCCGGACUCUGCUCCGUCCAGAAAUAUCCUUGACUCGAGCUUUGAGCAGGAAAGAACUAGUCUCCCGAGCAGCAGUCGUGCCUUGGAUGUCAGAGAGGAAGAGGAUAUGGACUGUGCCAGUCCGACGCAUCAUGCGGCUGGGGAAGAGUCUAGCCAGGGCCAGGGGUCAGAGUUUCCCGAUUCAUCGUCAGUAGCUACCAAUAUGACGUAUGCAUUUCUUAUGAAGUGGCCUAAGGACCGAGUUAUCGUCCACCGUCUGGAGAACAUCUGCCACUGCGUCCUGAAGAACUGUUGGCCGGGCCGCCGUCAGAAUCACCACGCCCAGCAAGCCGCCCUUCUCAAGCACCCCUACGACUCAGACCACAAGGACUACGCCCAUCCAGGGGGGCCUGAAGCCCUGUGGGACCCUAACAUUGUACCCCCCGAGCAUAAUUACGCUGGGAUGGCGGAUGGAUUGCUGGCCCUGGUCCACCAGAGAAAGCGCAAGAGGAAACGGAGAGUGGAUCUUGGCGGGGAGAAAGACCCCCAUCACCCAUCCAUGCAAGGCAAGGGUGGUAGCUUGGAAUCACCCCUAGAUCUCUCCCAAGGGUCAUCGCGCUACCAGGACCCGGACGCCCAGCCGGAGGGUGGAGCCGAGGGGAGACCCGGCAGCCACGGCAGGGCUGUAGACCCCAACAGGAGACCCUCGGUAGAGGAGAUGAGGAGGAAGAAGAAGAAGGCUUACUUGAAGGUCAAGAUGAAGACGAUGCACGGGAUGGGAGCAGCGAUGAGAGGCGAGGGUGAACAAAUGCAAACAGGUGCUGUGAAAAAAAAGAGGAAAGCACGCCAUUUGAAUCUAGCCAACUUUAAAGACGACGACCACGUGCCAGUGAUCAACCGUAAGACAGGUGAGAAGUUAUCGGGGCCGGCGGCACCGCUCAAGAAGGACCUGAUGAUGUGGCUCUCUGCCAAUACAGACUUCAUCAUUCAAAGUCAUUCACAUUCAGCUCUUGGUGCUAGGGUUAACUCUGCUGGAAAUCCAACAGCCUUGGAGGAUUCCCAGGAGAAUCCCCAAGGUAAUGCAGCAGACGCCAAACCCAAACGUAGACGUCUCAGGAAUCCGGCUAAGCUAGACCUGACUAAGGUGACCGGUGAGGAGAGGGUCGGGAUCGUAGAGAAGGAGUCUGGCCGUAAGCUGUCGGCCAAGCUGGUCCCGAUGCUGAAGAACCUAGCAGAUUGGUUGCAUAAACACCCAGGCUACUAUGUGGCAUCAGAGUGGGCAGAGGUGGUUAAAAUCAAGGGUUACCUUCCAGCCGAUCAGUACAAUCGCAUCAUGCCCCAAAUGGCCAAGACAACCUCCCCUGCAAUCCAGCCUGCCGUCUACACCGCAGUACUCCCUGCACAAUCCACCCAACCAUUCUCUCCGAACCACCUCGCAACCUCCGCCGAUCUCAGCAACAAAGUCUCCAUGCAGAUUGGCGCAGGCUCACUGGGAGGCCUUGCCCUGUCUGGGUAUCCAACCCUAGGGUUGGGUAACCUCCCGAUAGGCGUGGCGCCCAUAGCGAGCCUUGCCGGGCUGCAACCGGCAACAAAUCAGAAGGGCCACGUUAAGGAAAAGUCCAAGAAACGGAAGAACAUUGCACCAAGAAAAAUCCUCUCAGCUGAUCAGCCCGUUAUUGCCAUGACCACGCCGGCCUCCCUGGCGGGGAUUUCCCCUUUCUUGCUGCCCAGUACGGCGGGGAUGUACUACUCGCCGUUCCUGGCGACCCAGGGGCUUGUACCGACGUCGGUACCCAUGGAUAUUGCAAAUGUCAACGGAGCUGGGGUGACUCUGAACCCAGCCUUGGACCCACAACUAGGGCCGGAGAUUCAGGUUGAUGAAAUGGAAGAGAUGGAUGCGGAGGUAGUGGAGCAGGAUGCUGAGGAAUCAGGAGGAGACAGUGACUUGGAGUAAGGUUCAACCAAGAGUAAAAGUUUACCCUGACUCUUAGGAAGCUGACACAACCAUCUACAAAAUAUCUGACUGUCUUGUUCAAUCAGGAACAGGGCCUAAUGUCAUAAAGCCUGUAAGCAAAGAAACUUGCCAAGCACAACAACAAAUCUUGCUUAAUGGCAGUGGACACUAUUGGUA